CACAGUUGGGCAGGUAGAUCUGCAAGUCCGUCUCGUCGACAGAGCAUUACCUGCUGCAUUUUAAUUCAGGAGAGGAUAUUGUUGGACUUGCAGAGGGGACACAGGGUCUCUACUGGCAUAAACAUGGGAAACGAGCAUUCCAAAAAAGAGCUCACUAAGAAUGGAAAAAAUCUUGAGAAGCAUGAAAACGGAGGAGUGAAUGGCCUUUCUGUAAACAUCACAUCCAAUGGCUUGGAUAUAGAUGUUACCAAUGAGACAGCAGUCAAGCAAAAUGGCAAACCAACCUCAUUAAACACAGAAUCAAAUGAGCCUGAUUUUGUGAUAGUCGAACCGGAUUGCGAAAACGAUGCAGAUCAAGUUGUUUCUGAGAUACCUGACUCUGCCACUGAAAACGAAGAGGUCAAGGUGACCAAAGAGGAAAAAAAUAACAUUUUUGGGAAAAUGUUCAAAAAGAAGACAGCAUCUCCAGAAAGAGUUCAAGAAAAUGAGCCCCCAAAAGAAGAUCAAGUGGAUAUAAGUCCUACUGCCGCUGAUCCACAGCCUGACACAGCUGACAUAAAGCAAGAUUCAGAAUCACCACAGGAGCCAGAAAGUGUGACUCUAGACCCUAGUCCAGAGGAAGAAAAAAUUCAGGAAACUGACAAGGAAAACAACCAAGACGUGCAAAAAGAAGAGGACAGUUCCACAGAAGAAAAUCCAGUUAUGAACUUCUUCAAAACACUAGUGACCCCCACUAAAACACCCAAAAAGGAAACAGCUACUCCUGAUGUCAAAAAAGAUCAGUCCCAAAAGGAGACCCAACCAACAGCAACUACUACUGUUGCACAAAUACCUGACCCGCCCGCAGCACCUAAAGGAAUGUCUGUCCCACCGCCCCCUCCUCCAGAGCCACCCAAAAUGGAAAUCAAAGGCGAGCCAGCUGCCAAGUCUGUAAAACCCGCACCGAAAGAAGAACCAAAAGCUGCUGCAAAAGCACCGGAGGCCUCAAAGGGAAAAUCUGCCAAAGAUACACUGAGCAAGUUCUUCCGUCCAAAGGUACUGCUAGGUGUCAAGGCAUCCAAAACCAAGGGUGCCUCAACGAGUGGAGCCAAUGCCGCAGCCAAGAAUGCAGCAGUGACAAUCCAGGAAGCGCCACAGCCUGUUGUAGAAGUCAAGGAGAUGGUGGAGGAGGUGCCGCAGCCAGUUGUAGAAGUCCAGAAUCAAAAUAAUCUUGCUCUGCAGGAGGCAGGGGAGGAGGUGCCGCAGCCAGUUGUAGAGGAGCAGACAGUGCAGGAGGUGCCACAAUCAGUUGUAGAAGAUCAGGAAAAUCAGAGCACAGCAAUUUUGGAAUCUCCCAGGAAGGCAGAUGCCUCAAAGGCCAGCACUCUAGAGGCCGCGGCAAAGCCUGAGCCACCACCACCUGUUCAGGAAGAAAAGAAAGCACCCUCAAAAGCAACUUUCCUGUCUUUCUUCAAGUCUAAAGAACUGUUAAACCAAAUGGCCACAAAAGUCCAGGCAGCCUCAACAAGUGGAGUUCGUCUCCUCAAGAAAACUACUGGAGUGGCUGCUGAGCCCAAGAAGGAGACUCCUGCCCCACCUGCAGCAGCAGCAGAAUCUGUCCCGACGGCAAAAGCCAAGGAGGAGCCGAAAGCAGCCGCCAAGUCCCCAGAGGCCACUACAGAUAACAAAUCAGUUUCAGGGACAUCCCAAAGUGGAGAUGAUGCAGCCAAUGUCCCCAAGAAACUGGAGAAGAGGAACUCCAUCCAUUUGUUCUUUAAGAAUUUGGGUCAGAAACGUCACUCCACAGACGCCGGUGUCCAAACAGAGCCAGUGGUUGUUGCUCCAGCUCCUGAGAAGGCCAAAUGAAACCAAAAAAAAAAAAAAAAAAAAGCAACACUGACAACUUUCUCUGUUUUGCCCCCCCAUUCAUUUCCCCCCUUGAAGCACCAUGAACUUGGAAUUACUUAAACUAUAAUUUUCUAUUAUCUACACUAUGGAAGGGAAGGUGAUUGGAAGGAUACAAGCAUGUGAACAGUUUUGAGGAAGAGGAACAGUGCAGGUGGUUGCACGAGUGGUGAUUUGACAUACUCAAAGAGCUACUUUGAUCAUGAGGUUGUUGAGAUAUAUAUUUUUGGUUAUAUAAAUGCUUUGACAAGUAUAGCGAUGUGAGUGUGAAACCUUUUAUAUGCACCACUGCCAAAUGUGACUUCUCUCAGUGACUAUUCUUGCAGCUUAACACAUCUAAUGGUCUAAUGCAAUAUUUAAAGCUUUGCCUUUAGUUAUUAAUUUGUCUGAAUGAAGCUUUUAAAAGCACUGUCAUAAAGGCUUUAUAUUUUUUUUCAGUCCAUGCAAAGUAUGCACUUAUGGCAAUUGAGAGGUUAAUCUGAAAAUACAUGGAAAAGGUACUUAAUAAAGAAAUACGAUACUGAAAAUAAUUCAGGAGCAAAUACAGCUGUUGCUGAUACUCUGAUGAUCUAGAAGAGUGUUCAUAUAUUAGACUGCACUUAAAGAGAUUUUUUACAAUAUAUAUACAAUAGAUUCAUGCAUAUAGACAUCAACUGGUUAACAGUCAUGCAGUACUUAUACUGAGGGAAAUCACAAUCUUCUGUGGGGAAUUGAUUGCAGGUAUUCAUUAAAGAGUUAACAAAUGCAUCUGCGAUGGCAAAAUAUUGUUCUUGUGCAAAUAUGUCCUUGUGGUACCUUUUGCAAUAAUCAAAUCACACCUGAUUUUUUUUUUUUUUUUUUUUUUACUUUGAUCACACCACCUUGUGCCAUGUCUCAGUGGAAGUCGUUUGGUGUUAGUCAUUUGAGUCUGCAAUAUGUGUAGUUAACAUCACGCUUUUGUUUGUGAGACGUAUAUACAUGUGUCCUCUCAGCUAUCUUAAAGGCAAUAAAUAUGUUCACCAUUUAUCUGCUGUGUGUUGGUGUGAACCCCACUGGUGUUGAGAAACAGCAUCAGGCAAUUGACAGGAAUAACCAGGUGUUGCAAUGAUGGCAGAAAGAUGUGGCUCAACAAGUUUGGCCAAAAAUGUUAUAUGGAACAUUGUCUCAAAUACAGUGCAGAAGUUUAAACACAGUAAAUCCAGUAAAUGUUGUCAAAUUGGCAAAAAAGGGCAUCUCAGUUUUGCUUCAGGGAAAAGGUCACGUGAUUGUGGUGUAAGGAACAAGAAGUGGCUGCGACCCAUUGUAAUAUUCUCAUGUUAGUGUUGACUCACAGCAGGCUGGGACUUGCUCAAUAAUUUCUUACCCUGGAUGGUGGAGCGAUGUUAUAUCCUUUCACAUUUCCAUGUAACUCACAGUUUCUAUGUGAGUGUAGUGGCAAAUAUUUUAAUCCCUAGUCAUCUGUGUAACACUAAAUCCCUCUAAGUAACACUCAUCCGACAGACAAAGGGAAAAUACCUACUGCGGACCAUCUUCUGUGCCACUGCAACUCUGAGAGAAAGAUCGCUGCAGAACACCACGACUUGAAUUCAAAUUUCCAUUUUCUCACAACCUAAGAGACAGGCUUUACAGAUUACAGAUGUAAAACAAGAUGUAAACUAUUGCAUGCCUCUGAUAAAGGAAGCUUUCACCUCUUC